UCCGCCGCCGCGGCUCGACUCGUGGCCAUGGCGCUGUCGCGGGGGCUGCCCCGGGAGCUGGCGGAGGCCGUGGCCGGAGGCCGGGUGCUGGUGGUGGGCGCGGGCGGCAUCGGCUGCGAGCUGCUCAAGAACCUCGUCCUCACCGGCUUCUCCCACAUCGACCUGAUUGAUUUGGAUACUAUUGACGUCAGCAACCUGAACAGACAGUUUUUGUUUCAAAAGAAACAUGUUGGAAGAUCAAAGGCUCAGGUUGCCAAAGAAAGUGUACUUCAGUUUUACCCGAAAGCUAAUAUCGUAGCUUACCAUGACAGCAUCAUGAACCCUGACUAUAAUGUGGAAUUUUUCCGACAGUUUAUAUUGGUUAUGAAUGCUUUAGAUAACAGAGCUGCUCGAAACCAUGUUAAUAGAAUGUGCCUGGCAGCUGAUGUUCCUCUAAUUGAGAGUGGAACUGCUGGUUAUCUUGGGCAAGUAACAACUAUCAAAAAGGGUGUGACUGAGUGCUAUGAAUGUCAACCCAAACCAACCCAGAGAACAUUUCCCGGCUGUACAAUUCGCAACACACCUUCAGAACCUAUCCACUGCAUUGUUUGGGCAAAGUAUUUGUUUAACCAGCUGUUUGGGGAAGAAGAUGCUGACCAAGAAGUGUCUCCUGACAGAGCUGACCCAGAGGCUUCCUGGGAACCUACGGAAGCUGAAGCCAGAGCUAGAGCAUCUAAUGAAGAUGGUGAAAUUAAACGUGUCUCCACAAAAGAAUGGGCCAAAUCAACUGGAUACGACCCAGUUAAACUUUUUACAAAGCUUUUCAAAGAUGAUAUACGGUAUCUACUAACAAUGGAUAAAUUGUGGCGGAAAAGGAAACCUCCAGUUCCAUUGGAUUGGGCGGAAGUACAGAGCCAAGGAGAAGAUAUGAGUACAUCUGAUCAACAAAGUGAACAACCCCAGUUAGGUCUGAAAGACCAACAGGUUCUAGAUGUAAAAAGCUAUGCGAGUCUGUUCUCAAAGAGCAUUGAGACUUUGCGAGUUCAUUUAGCUGAGAAGGGGGAUGGAGCUGAGCUCAUAUGGGACAAGGAUGAUCAGUCUGCAAUGGAUUUUGUCACCUCUGCUGCAAACCUCAGAAUGCAUAUUUUCAGUAUGAAUAUGAAGAGCAGAUUUGACAUAAAAUCCAUGGCAGGGAAUAUUAUUCCUGCUAUUGCUACCACAAAUGCAGUGAUUGCUGGGCUGAUCGUGUUGGAAGGAUUGAAGAUUUUAUCAGGAAAAAUAGACCAAUGCAGAACUAUAUUUUUGAAUAAAAAACCAAACCCAAAAAAGAAACUCCUUGUGCCUUGUACUCUGGACCCACCCAAUGCGAAUUGUUAUGUAUGUGCCAGCAAGCCAGAGGUGACUGUGAGGCUGAAUGUUCAUCAGGUGACUGUUCUGACAUUGCAAGAUAAGAUUGUGAAAGAAAAGUUUGCAAUGGUAGCACCAGAUGUCCAAAUUGAAGAUGGGAAAGGAACAAUCCUAAUCUCUUCAGAAGAAGGAGAGACAGAAGCUAACAAUCACAAGAAGCUGUCAGAUUUUGGAAUUAGAAAUGGGAGCCGACUUCAAGCAGAUGAUUUUCUUCAGGACUACACUUUAUUGAUUAAUAUUCUUCAUAGUGAAGACCUGGGAAAGGAUGUUGAAUUCGAAGUUGUUGGUGAUGCCCCGGAAAAAGUGGGGCCCAAACAAGCAGAAGAUACUUCCAAAAGCAUAACCAAUGGCAGCGACGAUGGAGCUCAGCCUUCUACAUCCACAGCACAAGAGCAAGAUGAUGUGCUCCUGGUUACUUCAGAUGAAGAAGAGCCUUCCAAUAAUGCUGACAUCAGUGAAGAAGACAGAAGUCGCAAGAGAAAAUUGGAAGAGAAAGAGAAUGUCAGUGCAAAGAGGGCCCGUACUGAGCAGCCGGAAGACCUUGAUGUUAUCGCAUUGGAUUAAAGAGCAGUGAGCUUCGCCUCACAACCGCUGUUACUGCACUCAGCCGUUGGGGCAGGGCCAGGAUAUUUGUUUGAUCCCAGUGACUUGAAGACGUUUCUGCUCCCUUUGAAAGCAUUCAUUUUGUUAGACCCGUUAGAAACAUUGCAGUAUGUUUGCAAGUAGGAUAGUUUUAAGCCCUUGAGCAAGUGUGCAUAACCAAUCAUGAAAUGAAGCAAUGCAGUGCAUGUUGCCUUUCAUGUAAAUACCUUCGGUAUCAUUUAAUAGUUUUACACCAUUGUGGUUUAGUAAAGUUGAUACCUGGUUAUAAAUAUUAUGCCUUUAUUUUUGGUUAGAAAAAGAAUUAUUUUUAGCCUAGAUCUAACCAUUUUCAUACUUUUAACUGACAGACAGAUGAAAAGUAUCAAGUGCUAUGCAUUGAGACUUGUUUUUAAGAAUGUUAUCUAGCACUAUGUAUAUUAAUGUAAAACAAUGUUAAUUUACUCAAGUUUUUUCAGCUUGUACUGCCUGGUAUGUCUAUGUAAGAAGCCAAUUUUUGUGUAUUGUUAAAGUUUCAGGUUAUUUAUAUUCCAUGUUUUGUAAGACUCAGAUACAGCUAUACUAAGGACCAAAUAAAUGGUAUCUGCAUACUUUGUUA